UUCUAUGAUGUGCUUCCGUCUCCUGUUCCGAGGCAGGGGCACAACUUGGGUUCGCGUUUUGGAUCAGGCAGCACUCUGGAUGCCUAAGUCACGCACUCCUUUGUCGGCCCCCGCCCUUCAGCCUGUGUCGCGGAAACGCCGACCAGUCUGGAAGGUCCCCAGGAGGCGGGACCUUCGAGAGGCACGGCUAUUCCGUGCAGCACCGUGUGGCUGCCGUUCCACCUGGAGUACAGCCCGGUCUCCUCCGCUCCUCUCCUCCCACUAGGGGAUGCGGCUCCCGGGAAGUAAGGCCGCCGCCGUGUCAUAUACGUAUGUCCUGGAUUCGCUUUGCUGGGCCAUCGUCGCUCCUCCUCCGGACCCGCCCAUCGCGUCUGGGGACUGAAAGGGAACCCAGAAUCAUCAGGGACAGUUACUUGCUUUAUAAAGGAGGUGAAUUAUACUUCAGUGUACUACAGGUUGUAUACCACGGAUGGGAACUGUAAAAGUUUAUAAUGUCAGAAACUAUUCUUAGACCAAAGGUAUCUUCUACAAAGGUAACAGACUGGGUAGACCCAUCAUUUGAUGAUUUUUCAGAAAAUACAGGCAUCUCUACUGUUCCUGCCACAUCUUUAAGUGUGAAUAACUCAAGUCAUAGAAGAAAAAAUGGACCUUUCACAUUAGAAAGUAGUGGAUUUCCAGCUAGAAAAAGAGGAAACCUAUCUUCCAUAAAACAAAUUUCUGAUCUCGAAAAUUCAAAAGAAUGUCUCUCUGAAAAUGAACCAUGGGUGGAUAAAUAUAAACCAGAAACUCAGCACGAACUUGCUGUGCAUAAAAAGAAAAUUGAAGAAGUUGAAACCUGGUUAAAAGCUCAGGUCUUAAAACAGCAACCAAAACAGGGUGGGUCUCUUUUAUUAUUAACAGGUCCUCCUGGAUGUGGAAAAACAACUACUAUAAAAAUACUAUCAAAGGAGCAUGGUAUUCAAGUACAAGAGUGGAUUAAUCCAGUUUUAUCAGACUUUCAAAGAGAUGAUUUCAAGGAGCUGUUUCAUUCUGAAUCAAGAUUCCACGUAUUUCCCUAUCAAUCUCAGAUAGCAAUUUUCCAAGAGUUUUUACUAAGAGCAACAAAAUAUAACAAACUACAAAUGCUUGGAGACGACCUGAGGACUGAUAAGAAGAUAAUUCUCGUUGAAGAUUUACCUAACCAGUUUUAUCGAGAUUCUCAUGCGUUACAUGAAGUUCUAAGGAAAUAUGUGCGAAUUGGUCGAUGUCCUCUUAUAUUUAUAAUCUCUGACAGCCUCAGUGGAGAUAAUAAUCAAAGGUUACUAUUUCCCAAAGAAAUUCAGGAAGAGUGUUCUAUCUCAAAUAUUAGUUUCAACCCUGUGGCACCAACAAUAAUGAUGAAAUUUCUUAAUCGGAUAGUGACUAUAGAAGCUAAUAAGAAUGGAGGAAAAAUUAUUGUUCCUGAUAAAACUUCUCUAGAGUUGCUCUGUCACGGAUGUUCUGGUGAUAUCAGAAGUGCAAUAAAUAGUCUUCAGUUUUUGUCUUCAAAAGGAGAGAACAAUUUAUGGCCAAGGAAGAAAGGAAUGUCAGUAAAAUCAGAUGCUGUGCUGUCAAAACCAAAACGAAGGAAAAAGCCCGAUAGGAUUUUUGAAAAUGAUGAGAUUCAAGCUAUUGGUGGCAAAGAUGUUUCUCUCUUUCUCUUCAGAGCUUUGGGGAAAAUUCUUUAUUGUAAAAGAGCAUCUUUAACAGAAGUAGACUCACCUCGGUUGCCUUCUCAUUUAUCAGAGUAUGAACGGGAUACAUUACUUGUUCAUCCUGAGGAAGUUGUAGAAAUGUCACAUAUGCCAGGAGAGUUAUUUAAUUUAUAUCUUCACCAAAACUACGUGGAUUUCUUUAUGGAAGUAGAUGAUCUCGUGAGAGCCAGCGAAUUUCUGAGUUUUGCAGAUAUCCUCAGUGGUGACUGGAAUACACGCUCUUCACUCAGGGAAUAUAGUACAUCUGUAGCCACAAGAGGUAUAAUGCAUUCCAACAAAGCCCGAGGAUUUGCUCAUUGCCAAGGAGGAGGAUCAAGUUUUCGACCUUUACACAAACCCCAGUGGUUUCUGAUAAAUAAUAAGUAUCGGGAAAAUUGCCUGGCAGCAAAAGCACUUUUUGCUGACUUCUCCCUACCAGCUUUAUGCCUCCAAACUCAACUGUUGCCGUACCUUGCUCUGCUAACCAUUCCAAUGAGAAAUCAAGCUCAGAUUUCUUUUAUCCAAGAUAUUGGAAGGCUUCCUUUAAAGCGACACUUUGGAAGAUUGAAAAUGGAAGCCCUGACUGACAGGGAGCAUGGAAUCAUAGAUCUCGACAGUGGAGAUGAAACCCAGCUUAAUGGACAACAGCCUGUAGAGGCAGCUGUGGGUGAACCCACACAGACCACUGAAGCGGACACCUGGUCUCUUCCUUUGAGUCAGAACAGUGGAAGUGAGCUGCUCCCCAGCCAGCCUCACGCCUUUUCAUCCCAGGGAGACACAGAAGAUGACGACAUGGUGAUAGAAGACUAUGAGAGUGAUGAGACAGAGAGCGCAGCUGCCAAUCAGAUCGCUGUGUGACAGAUUCACUUAAGUUUCACUCAGUAAUACUUGAAUGGAGUUAAUAUUCUCUUCUGGUAAAUUAGAAACAAUUUAAUUCUUCAGUCUUAUAGUAUUUCAUCAUAAGGGACUGACUCUUGGCAUCUUGAAGAAAGAAGAUCAAGCUUUCAAGUAAUCUUAUUUCCCUAGUAUUUAUUCAGUCUUAUGAGUGGUUUAGGAAGAGAGCAGUGUGUAUGAAGUGUGUUUGAAUGUUUUGCCAAAUAUCAGAAAAUGUGAAGGGAUGAUUCAGAAUACAAAAAGUUUAUGGGGGGUUGUAAAUAUGAAUUAUAAAAGUUUAGGAUUCAAUUAUGAGUGUAAAUAAACUUUGUGCCUUAUUUACAGUU